AUGAAUGCAAAAAAUAAAAUAUCAAAUCAGAAUAAAGGAAAUGGGCCAAAAUUUAAAUCGUUUAAAGAAACGUUUCCCAUUUGCGCCUUCGCGUUAGCUGUAGGUUUAAUAUAUCCGAAUAAGACAAACAUACGUGCUCGGGCUUUAAUUUUUACUUUCAUCGUCGCAUAUAACGGUAUAAUAAUUAUUUGGUGGUUACUCUACAUAUACAAGUGUAUCAUCACAUCUGACAAGUUUAAUCUUGCAAGGAAUAUAACUGUCGGCGUACCGAUCAGUCUUUUCUUCUUUAAAUUCUUUUAUAUUACUUACAAAAACGAUAGUUUCGGUGAAUUAUUGGAAAAAAUAUCUGAAGAUCUUAUCAGAGGUAACGAUAUGGAUGAAGACUAUAAAAAAAUAUACGAGCGCCAUAUUAAACUAGGAAAACUUGGUCAGAAUUGUUGGGUCAUAAUUCCCGUAGUUUUAAGUUCUCAGUUCCCGAUGUUCGCAGGCGCCUGCAUGAUAUACGAGAACUUGAAGAGUGACAUGGGAAAACGAUAUAUGGUACAUGAAAUGGAAUUAAAAUACAUAGAAGACAAGCAAUACGAAACGCCAUAUUUUGAAAUGUUAUUCGCGUGUAUUUUACUGCAGUGCGUGAUCCUCGUUCCAAACUUCACGGGCUUCGACGGAUCAUUUUGUAUCGCAACGGCCCACCUGCAACUUAAGCUUAAAUUGAUGACUAAUAAGUUGCACAGAGCAUUUAAAGACUCUAAAAAUAAUUUACAACUCGAAGAAAAAGUGAAAGAAGUGAUAAGAGAUCACCAAGAAGCGUACCGUUUUUACAACAAUUUAGAAAACAUGUACGGCGGCUGGCUUCUGGUCGUAUUUCUCAUUACCUCAGUUGUUAUAUCUUUAAACUUGUAUCAGAAUAGCAUCAGUGAAGUAAUCGAUCCUAAGUACACACUUUUUGUUGUAAGCGGAGUUGUUCACAUGUAUACGCCAUGUUACUUUGCAAGUAAUUUGUCCAAGUCCGGUGAAGACUUAUGUUCAGAUAUCUACAGCGUACCCUGGGAGGAAUGUGCAAAUCCAGUCGUCACGAAACUUUUGAUAUUCAUGAUCGCUAAAUCCCAACAACCGCUUCAUCUUACCGGCAAGGGCAUGGUAUAUUUUAACAUGCAACUAUUUAUAUCUCGCCUGCGCGGGCCGUCGAUAGCAAAAGUGUCUGCCGACCCUGGAUGCCCCCCCUCUCAGGCGGUGGUGGGGGCGCCACUUCCAGCUCCCUUCACCUUCGCGCUGGCCGCGCAGCCGCGACCAAUGACCGCCCGCCUCGAGCCGGCGAAAGGUUUUAUAUACGAGUGGAAUUCGCAGUGCCAAAUUGCUAUAAGUCAAAAUAUAGGGUAGUCGGGCGGUUCAGUCGUUGGUCGCGUACUCGCUGAGCGUGCACGGCCGUCGUAGUACACCGCAGUUUGUGCGCAAACUGCGCCAGCGCACACGAGCCCAGAUUGUUCGCGUCCCGUACAGUCGCGCCGCCGAACCAAUGCGCGGUACCCCAGUGCCUUCAUAGCGACUUACUCGUACUACUGCCAGCGAACAUUGUGUGACAACAUGGGGUGCAGUGCAAGAUACUGUUUACUGGCUCUGUCCUUGUGCCUAGUGUCUGAACAUGCCUUUGGUGUCAGAAUUAUGCCCAAACGGAAGAAAG